CCCAACAACCCAUUAUGGAUAAUAUUAGUUGCGAAAACCUACGUGUUAAACAUAUAAAUCAUGUUUCGACUAUUUCAGCAGAGCCAGGCUUAUUACACGAACACUGCUGCUGUUUACCAGAUGUUAUUGGAACGAUUACUCCCAUGCAAACGAACGAUUGUAUGUAAGGAUGUUUAAAAUAUAUUACAGUUACUAAACACCUUGUUGUGGAGAAUUAUGGGUACAAUUUAUCUAAAAGUUGUCUGAUGGGCUGAUUUGUUUUAUUGUAUUUACUUGUGGAGAUACAUAACGAAGUUCUGGUUAUACUGCAUAUGCUUUUAUCUUAAUAAUUGACUACGGAAAGCUUCAUUAUGAUUGGCUGGUGUUCAUACUUUUUUUCUGCUGGUGCUAAGCCACUGGUGGAAAUUCCACGUUCCUAAAACAGCCUGGUCUUUUCAUAGAACGGCCACUUUGGACUUCCCACACAAUGAGCAACAUUGUUGCGACAAGUAUUAUAUAUUUUAUUAUCUUAUUGUUUCCCUUCUACGUGAUUUUACCGAAAGAACCAAGAAUAUGAAUCCCUGCAGUCACGAAAGCUUUAAAUCAAAAUGUAAGUAUUAAUAGGUUUAGUGUUAGCUCAAGCAGGUCUGACUGCUGAUGAGACUCGGAAUGUUGAAAUCGGUCCAGAGUUUGCUUGUAUCCAACAGAUGCUGCUGAUGAGAUACCUCCUGGAAGGCCAUGGGUUGUGUAAAAAAUGCUUUUGUUUUUGUAGAGAGACAUGGGAAUAAGCGUUAUUUAUCAUAUUAAUAGGUUUAAAUAGAUACAAAACCCAUCCAGGUGGAGGGAGUAAAGAGCACGUUUACACGUUAUUUUAAGAUAGUUUGUUGGAAAUGUUGUACAAGCACAAAUAACAAUAACUCAACAACAUUCGUCAAUAACACUGUGACCUUAAAAGUAAAAAAUAUAUAUGCGACGUGUCAGGCAAUGAUCCUUCAUAGCACAUAAAUGUUAUGUUUACGUCUCGAUUUUCAAUCCAAGUAUCGUAACAGAACAAAUGCUAUGUGAAAUGACUCGGUCCUUAGGUCAGAUUAAUAUAAUUAAUUGAACUGGAAACAACUCAAUCUAGAUCUGAAACAGCUGUCAAGCUGUUCCCUUCCCUCAAUGCGUUCCAUGCCUACUUACGCCUGUAACAACGGUAGGGGGCAGUGUGCCCCAACUUGUCAUCAAUAUUAAUAUUCUCUGGGGCUGUGUGCCUAAUGCUGUUGUUGCUCCUUCACAGACCCUGUGUGAUUGGAGUUAUUGGGUCCAAUCAUGGCAGACUGGCUCCACUGCAACAUGUGCUACUCGCAACCUGGGCCCGAUGUCCGCGGUUUUACGUUCACCAACUGUGGGCACAUCAUCUGUCAUAACUGCAACAGCAAAGUUUCUAUGGACAAAUGCGGCAUCUGUGAUGUACCUUGCAGAAAAAUGGUUCUCUCUAACAAGAUGGCAUCAAAAGAAAAAAUGUUUUUUAUUGACCCAGCCGAAACAGUCAAAACAUAUCUGAUGCAAGUUAUACAAGUAAUGGAAUUUCAGAAAACUCAAAGGUGUAAACUUUUCAUCAACCAAACACAGAAGAUGUCAAGAAUGGAAGCGGCACAAACGCAAAUGACCAAUAAAAUACAGGAAAUGGGAAGGGAAUGUGCCAUGCUUAGGAGAGAGAAUGCAGAGCUGAGAAAUGCCGCACAGAUGGCAAGAGGUUCCCCUGCAAUGUAUGGUUUAAGCUUGAAUACAACAGGAAACAGACACACCAAUUUUACACCAUGUGCCAUGCCAGGGGCUGCGUCACCUCAGCACAGUCGGGGUGCUGUGUCCCCAUUCUGUCGGAAUAAAAGAACCUUCUCAAACACUCCUGAAGGAGGAAACUGUGGUAGUGUCAAGGGAACAUGGGCUCGACCAUCGCCGAAUAUCAUGGUAUCCACACCACAGACACCUACAGGGUCUUCCCGAGUAUCGAUGAGGAACCCUCCAGCAGAGGGCAGGAUGGGAACACCAUCUCAAAUGCAAAGUCAAAGCGUGAUGAGGUUCAGAAGACACCCAGGAAUGGUUUCAGGUCCAGCGUGUCCUUCCAAUUGGCCGAGCAGCCAGGGCAGGGCUGAGAGCUCGCAGUGCAGCAUGAUUGCAAAGAACCCCUUGUGCUUCCAGACACCGUUUGCAUCGCCCAGCACUAGGCAGAUGCACGGCAUGUCCUCGUCUCACUUCACAGGUACAAACUUAUCAUCCAGCCAGGCCAAGACACAGAUUCAGGUUACAUAUCCAAAGAUUUGAUUUCCUGAUGCUCUAUUGUCAGGUUCCAAGAUGCAGCAUUGAGAGAGAAACCUGUUGGGACUUUAUAACGUUACAGCGCAUUGAACAGAUUAACUUCUUACAUGAAAUGGCCUCUUGCAGUUUAAAGGCUUCAUUGUUACAGGAGUGUGGCUCUGUUUUUGUUGUUGUUCUCGUUUGAAGUACAAUAAAGUUGUCAGUUAACAUGUUCAAGGGUCGCACUUAAUUCUUCCAAUUGUGGGCGUCUAUAUCAUAUAUAGGGCCGGUAACUCUUGUGCGCAAUGACUGUCCUUUCCGUCAGAAUUGGGUGCCUCAUCUCCAGUGGUAAUGUGGAUUGCAUUUGGCCCAGGUGCAACGAGUGAAAUUGAGCAUCUCCCGUGAUUGGGUCCCUCCGCCACUUGGUGCCCCCUGUUUAGUCCCAC